AUGCUCGCCUCUGUCUUCGUCAUGGCCGUCGGCGUCACGUCCGCCGUGGCUUCUUACACCACUGCUCAGACCAGCACUAGCACCUCGACUCUUACCGCAACUGUGACCAUUACUCAGUGCAACCCCACAAACACGGCCUGCCCUCUGUACACCCCGUCGUCCACCAGCUCUUCCGUCUACGUCACCCCAUCCUCGGCACCGCCCACCUCAUCCUCGGCGCCGCCUGAGACGUCAUCUUCAACCGUCGCCCCGUCCACUUGGUAUCCCACUUACAACACCUCUUCGUCUGCUUUCCCAACGGCAUACUACAACACUUCAACUACCGCCUCUGCUACUUUGAGCACCUCCUUCGAGACAACAGCAACCUCUGCUGCUGCUACCACCGCUAGCGCCACCACCGUGGUCACCGGCGCAGCUGGUAUUGUUGGUUACUCUUCGGGUCUCCUGAUGGGUGUUCUGGGUGCAGCCGUCGCUAUGUUGGCAUAG